AUGAAGAGCUGCUGCUGGAGAGCAGAGGAUAUCUACUUCCCAGAGGUUGAUGUCGAGAACUUUGAAGAAUACAGACACGGUGGAUACCACCCAACCCUUAUUGGAGAUACCUUCUGUGAUAAUCGGUAUACAAUUGUCCACAAACUUGGUUUUCGGGGCUACUCGACCAUUUGGCUCGCUCGCGACCAACAACUCCAGCGCUAUGUGUCGCUAAAAAUCCUGGCUGCCAGCGCAUCAGGGGAAUGUGCUGAAGGAACGAUUCUCUCAACGCUUCGGAACGGCGACUCGGCUCACAUCGGAAAGCAAUUUAUCCCACUGCUUCUGGACCAACUUUCAUUUAAUGGCCCAAAUGGUCACCAUCUGUGCCUAGUUGGCCAGCCUUUUGGAUGUAGUAUUGCGAGAUGCCAGGAGGAUAGUGUGGACUUGAUGUUUCUGGUCGAUGCUGCGAGGUCUAUCGCCGCCCAGCUCAUCAUGGGAUUGUCAUACUUGCAGGCAUGUGGCAUUUGGCACGGAGAUCUACACACAAGAAAUUUCCUCUUGCGGAUUCCAAACUUCGAUUCUAUGAGCACAGCUGAUCUCUACGAGCGUUACGGCACGCCUGAUGAAGUCCGUGUACGACGCAUUGACGGAAGUGCAGCGGGACCUCACGCACCGCCCCAUGCGAUCUAUCCGAUGAUUCCAAACAUGCCCGCAAAACGAACACUCUAUCUUCCUCCCGAAGCCUUCUUUGAGGACCCCAUCACGCCCGCUGCGGACAUCUGGACCCUUGGCGUCAACCUGUACGAACCCAUGGGCGAACGCCCGCUCUUCGAGACCUUCGCGUGGGAUCCAGAUGACAUCAUCGGCGAGAUGAUCAGCACGCUGGGCAGGCCGCCCGCGCGAUGGUGGGGCCGGUGGGCAAAGCGCGCCGAGACGCCCGUCUUCCGCCCGCUGCAUCAGCGCCUGUGGGAGAUGGGCCGGGGCGAGACGCCCGAUACAUGUCAGUGGGAUGUCGCCGGCGGUGAGCUGCGCGCGCUGGAGGAUCUGCUUAAAAGCAUGAUGGCGUUUGAACCUGCUGAGCGGCCGACGGCGGAGCGGCUCAUGGCGUCUGAGUACAUGGUCAAGUGGGCGAUGCCGGCGUGGGAGAGGCAGGUGAGGAGGAAGGACACUUGUGCAAGGAAGUAGUACUCUUGCCCUGUUCUCCUCGAGGUGUAGAUCCCAAUCCUACCUAGUUGGGUAUCUACAAGCUAUGGAAAGAUAAUAACAAGGUGUUAGAGGUCUUCCAUUCAUGCAGUGAGGAUUCCAGAACUUGCUGGAGUACUUGAUCUAGAAUCCCAUUUUCCUCGUCGCCUUACGAGCUUUUUGAUUAUG